AAAGCUUGGCUUAUCUUUUCACUUUAUCAAUUGCCCGGAGUUUGGGGCAGUUGAAAUCACUCCGUGUAACAGCUUGUGAGAGUUUGGAGUUCUUGAUCAAGAUAGAAGAGGGUGAUAAUGGCAGGGGAGAGAAAAUGUUGUCAAAAUUAGAAGAUCUCCGAAUUCACGGAUGCAAGAGAUUGGAAUAUGUUUUUCCAGUGUUUGUUGCAACAGGUCUUAUGCAACUUAAAAAUCUUGAAAUAGAAGAUACAGCAGAGUUGAAGCAAGUAUUUCAUGGAAAAGAAGAAAAUGAUGUUGCAGAGGAAGGAAAGGACAUCAAGUUGCCUAAUUUAAAAAAGCUAAACGUUUACAAACUUGGAAAGCUUACCAGGUUCUUUCCAGAAAAUAAUCAUUCAAAUUUGCCAGCUUUGGAGAAAUUGUGUGAUCUAAGCGUGACGAUUGUAAUCAUCAGUUUGUUGACAAAGUUCUCACUGGAUAAGACGUGCUUCUUCAAAAAUUUGAAAGAUUACACAUGUUAUUUGUGGAGCAAAAGUUGUAUUUCAUUGGAAGAUUUAAUCUUGAAAGACAACAACAUGAAUUAUCACUUCCAAAAUUAA